GGGAGCUGUUCAAAGUGGUGUGGUGCUGAAAAGACAACUCUCCCGGCCGCUCAGUCAGGCAGCCAGACGCCCGCUCGCUCGUUCGCUCGCUCGGCUCUAGGUCGGUUGUUCCGCGGCCAGCAGCUGGUCCGGGGACGCUGGAUUUCACCGCCUUGAAGAGCGUUCAUUAGCGCUCAGUGCAGGAAGACAGAGAAGGAGGAGAAGCCCAUGUGGGAGCGAUUUCCAACAAAUCCUGUGCUCUGUUGGAUCCAAUCGAAAGAGCAUUAAUCUCCCCGCAGGUUUGGAGGAAAUGCUGAUGUUGAGUGGAUACCCCCUGCAGAGGUGGUUUGAGUCCUCGCAAUCAUAGAUCCGUCAUCAAGGGAAUAGCUUUCAUCAUGACAACUGCCUACCUCGAGACUGCGCUCCUUGACCCCUCCUGUGGAGGGUGUAAUUACUGAGGGAGGGGCAGCAAGACUGAGAUAAGCUUUCCUGUGAAGAUAGAAAUCAUCCAAACCAUGUAGUGUUCCUUUCUCCAAGGAAUGGGGGAGGGUCUACAUUUGAGUCUGAUCUUUUUUCAUUUAUUUCUGCUUAUGUAAUUAGUGGAAGAGAUUUUGUGAUUGAUUAUAGUGUAUGUGGGUGUGGACGUGCAAGGUGAGGAGAAAGUGACAGACAGAAAGAGAGAGAAAGAAGGAAAGAGAUGGUCCUCCACAUCACCCCGUAUUCCAGUGCCUGUCUGCACUUCUUGGAUGGCUUGUCGUGGAGCCUGGUGUUUCCCUGCUACUGGUUCCUGGACCGGCUCCUGGCGUCCUGUGUGGCCACCUCGCUGGAGAAGCGACAGCGCUCCCAGGACCCCUGCUCCUUCCUCACGUUAUGUGUGCUGAUCUCCGCACCCCUUUACCUGCUCCUCCUCCUCGCCUCCUUGCCCUUUGCUCUGCUGGGCUUCAUCAUCUGGGCUCCCCUGCAGGCAAUCCGCCAGCCCUACCUGUACACCUACUGCAGGCCAGACAAACACCAGGCUGAACAAGGUCAAGCAGGUGCUGGAAUUGGGGAAUGGAGGCCACAGGGCAGAAGCUUCUGUUUCUGCAGUGCCAAUGUUUGCCUUCUGCCUGACUCCCUAGCAAGGUUUAACAACCUGUCAGACACCCACCGGAGAGCACGGGAGGUAGGGAAGAGGAUCCGCAAUGGUGCCAGCCGACCUCAGAUUAAAAUCUACAUUGACUCACCUACCAACACUUCUAUCAGUGCGGCGUCCUUCAGCAGCCUUGCCACAGGUUUCCGCCGUACCUCAUCGUUGGACCAACGUCCAGACCAAACACACACAACCAAUGGCCCAGCCGACACCGAAACUGAACCUGCCACUGAGUGCCCGAUUCACCCCUCAGGUGCCACUGACUGCCCCGUUCACCCUUCUGUGAAUGACCAGGGCUCUGCUGAAUGCCCUGUGCACCCUGAUGGGGCAGACACUACAGCAGAAUGCCCUCUCCACCAAGGGGAGACUAAAAGCAGCUCAGACUGUCCCAUUCACACUUCAGGGGAGGCUCCAGACUGCCCCGUGCAUUCCACAGUAGCUCAGAGUGCUCCUGGUCAUCAUGACUGUCCCAUGCAUGGGGAUGGGACCCAGCCAAAACCCGCAACAGACUGUCCGCUUCACACCUCAGGGGUUCAAAUUAGCAUCAGUGCUCCAGAGCCGGACCCCCAGGAAGAGGAGGCGGAGACAGGGAACCACCGGCCUGGAGAGCACGGAGGGGCAGACACGGGCAGCAUGACUGCUUCUCGUGAGUCCCUUGCUCGUUACCAUGGAAGUGAUGGUGGGAUAGGGAUAUCCUCCAACAAUACUCUCUCUCAUGUCCCACGCACAUCAAUAUUCAAGCGCCCAGGUCGAAAACGCCGCCACGGAGAUGAAACAUUCGACCAUGACAUCUCUGCCUUUUUCCCUGCCAACUUGGAUUUCCUGGCUCUACAGGAGGUAUUUGACCAUGGAUCGACUACUAGACUACGGCGCCAGCUGCAUCGCUAUUUUCCCUACAUCCUGAGCGAUGUUGGGCGGUAUGGCUGGAAAGGCUGCUGCUCCAGGUUCAAAUUCCUGAACAGUGGGCUCAUGCUGGCAAGCCGCUACCCAAUCCUGGAUGCACGAUACGAGUGCUACCCCAAUGGCAGAGGGGAAGAUGCACUGGCGGCCAAGGGGGCGCUGUUUGCCAAGGUUCACGUGGGCACCUCACACCAAGAGCAGAGGGUGGUGGGAUACGUCACAUGUACGCAUCUCCACGCCAUAGAAGGUGAUGCAUCAGUACGGUGUGAGCAGCUGGACCGGUUGCUUCAGUGGGGGGCUGAGUUUCGCCAGUCAUCAUCCAUACCACUGGAAGGAGAGAAGGUGCUGGAAGACCUGGUGGCCUUCGACGUCAUCCUGGGAGACCUCAACUUUGACAACUGCUCUUCAGAGGACAAGCUGGAGCAGCAGCACGCACUUUUUACUCAAUACAAGGACCCAUGUCGCCUGGGGCCAGGGGAGGACAAACCAUGGGCUCUGGGUACUCUGCUGGAUCCCAGUGGCCUUUAUGAUGAAGAUGUCAGUUCACCGGAAAGUUUACAAAAACUUAUGGAGAACGAAGAGGGAAGGAAGGAGUACCUGGUGUUUCCUCCCAGUAAGAGCCAGUGUCCCGCCAGCAGUCAGAAGGGAAGGAAAAUCCCGCUGAAGGGCAACGGACGCCGUAUUGACUACAUCCUUUACAGCGACGAGGGCCUCCAACAGGACUGGAAACUGGAAAUCGAGGAGUUCAGCUUCGUCACCCAGCUGGCCGGCCUCACCGACCACCUGUCUGUGGCCAUGCGCUUGGCUGUUUCCACUGGGGAAGAGGAGCCUUAGACUCAUCACCUGAGCUUUUUAUUUAAAUACUGCCAUGGAGAAGAGCAGACAGCCAGGAUGAAAAGAAGAUGUUACAGAUAAGGAGGUGCUCAUGGAAAGAUUGAUGGGGCAGCAAAUAGAUGGAUGAAUGAACGAAGGAGGAUUAAUGAAGGUAGAGAAGAGGACCACCUGAGGGGAGAGAGACUCUGAGAGACUCUGAGCAGGAGAGAUAAGCAGGGGAAUUCAGUUUAGGAAACCAGAAAGAUUUUCAUCUUCCUGGGUAAAUCACCCACUCAGUCACACACAUUAAAUACAGCACCACCCACAAGAGAUCGACUUCUCGACUGUUGAGUAUCGCCUGGCCUCUCCUCCAACGCUCCCUCUGGAACUGAGUCCAAAGGGUUUUAUUUUCAGUGAAUGGUUUCAUGUAGCCAAUACACACACUCCUUUUAUCAGAUCUGUUUUAGUCGUAGUGUUAGUAUGAUUUCUUUUUUUAAUUAUAAUUAUUGUUAUUAUUAUUCUACCUUCAGGGACAGAAGGGACAAACACAUUAUUGGAGAGAAGCAUACAGCUACAGACUGGCCUUUACACUGACCGUCUGUGUCUUUGUGUCGUGUUCCUUGCUGAAAGGCUCUUGGUCAGUUAUUCACCUUACUGCUCUCACAGUCAGUCCCAGGAACCUCAACAAGUGUCUUUUCUUUUCUAAAAAAAAAAAAAACAAGUCUUUCUAAAAGGAUGAAAUCAAUGUACAAUUUCUAUUGUGGCCGCACCAAUUUUUAUAAGGAGUUGAAAUGCCUGUUUAAUAUUAUAUGGUAUGUUUCUAUAAAGAGGUAUUGUUUAAAGGGACAUGAAACUGGAGACAAAACGUUGUCGAUUGAAUGCGAUGCGACGCUACAGCAUGUUUUCUCAGCCAUGUUUGGUGAAACCAUUGGUGAAGCUUUGCUGAUGCAUGAUGGGAAAUGGUGUUAGUUUACAACAUUCAUAUAAAGGCUUGACACAUACUUAUACGUGUCUGAAUGCCUCAAGGGGCAUUUUGGCUCUCAAACACAUACCUGCGUGUCUGUGUGGCAUUUGUGCAUGCUAAUGCUAAUAACACACAUACAGAGGAUUUACCUAAUGCAGGCACACAGCUAUACACAUGACAUAAGGGGGGCUUUCAGUGGAUGUAACAAACCCCCUGGCAGCCAAAUUGGACCUCUUCACGAGUCCGACACGAAACAUGGCGAUCUUUUUGAGAGACUAGAUAUUGUCAACUUGUUAGCAAACAAACCGUAGUAGCUGGUUGGCAAACCAUCACUUUAUUGUGAGCACAUCUGUUUGGUUCACUUGGUAAAUUCCAGCAUGAAGCCCAGUUAUUAGCACAGCAAGUUGUCCAGUGGAUUAUUACGUUGACAGCCAUAUUGCGACGCAACUGCAAAACCUCAUUGUUCCGUAACAUUUUAAACACCUACAGGCUGUGCAAUAUGCCACGUAAACUCAAUAUAAAGUUCAAAACAGUCCCAAAGAUUAGCACAGACCGACCAAGAAGACACAGAAUUCAGAUUUUAUUGCAUCAAACGCUUCUUUUUUUCACUUUUUUCACAAAUACCUUUAAAUAACAGAAACUAUCCUGGGUUUUUUUACAAUGUAUCCAAUAUUUUCAAAAAGCAGGACAUGUUCUGGUUUGUUGUUGUUGUUUGUUUGUUUUUAUUGCGGCACAAAUUCCUGGGAAUGAUUUGCCGGUAAAUGUUCUAUAAUUACCUGGAUUUCAUUUUUCUUUUUAAAUGGAGAAGUGUCGAAGUGAAAAAACAAAACGUAACUGAAGGUGUGUUCAGACUGAAAGCCCAUGUGAGACUUUUUCUCUUUAAUGAAAAAACAAAAAAUUCCAAGUAUUUUGUGCAAAUUCAGUCAAAUUCCCACCAACUGCUUUGCCUUCAGCCUAAAUGCACCUUCAGAUUUCUGCUGUACUGUGUUACAAUGUGGAGAAACUGGCUGGACAAUUUUGAAAUACUAAAUCAUUAUAAAGCCAUUACACCAACUCUCUGUGUGUAACAGAGCCAAACAGACCAUGGUAUCAAACAGGAGCUGGAACUUUGAGAAGUGUUUAGAGACAUGUGCUUACUCAAACUGUCCUUAAAUACCCCCAGACAUGCAGCUGUGGUGCUGUGAACUCAGAGUGCUGUGGGCGAGUGACCUUGUUACCUUGAACUUUAAGAAACGAGGAAGCAGUUUUUAAACUAUCAGUAUUCUUAAGUGAGAUGCUGCCAAAUUAAACAGUUCUGCUUGGAAAAACUACAACUGUCAUUCAUACAGCAAAUUCCUUGAAUAUAAAACAGGCAAACAUUAGCCAUCACAAGCUAAUGGUCAUAUCAAGCCAAGUCAAGUUUGCAUCCAAAUGCUAGAUUCGUAUUUUCUCCACAGUACCUGUUGUUUAGCACCACACAUGCUAACCUGUAAACAGUAAAUGCAGUAAACUCCAGAUUAAUCUUCUACCAUUCUGUUUGAUCCAGGAACUACACCCAUACUGCCGUAACACCUCUCUCUCUGAACAAAACAUGCUUUACGGUGAUAGUUAAGUUUGCAGAUACUGUCUGUAUACCAUGAUCUGCAGGGUAAACAAUGUUUACAACAGUUUUGUGACCUUUCUACCUGUCUCGUAAUCACUUCAGGGGAAACGUUUCACUUCAAGCAUCACUUUCAGCAUCAGUGCAAAUAUGAAUACGUUGGGGCAACUUCAUGUGGUAUUUUCCCCCCAGUUAAAAAGUGCAAGCUGGCAUUUCUCUGAAUAAAAACUGUGCUGAAUGAUAACCCAGGGUGGCCAGUGCACUAUAGUAUGUUUACAGGCAUGGUAUCAGCAGUCUACAUCCUGCUGUUGUGAGUGUGUGUGCGUGUGUGUGCACAGGACUUGUCAGUCAUCCUGUUAUGUAUGUUCAGCUUACAGUUUUGCAUACAGUAUGAGUCCAUCUGUCAUGUGACUCUCUAUAUUACUCAUGGUAUUAUUAUGACUGACACGUUCUUGUUUUUACCAAGUCUGUGCUUCACCAUGUUCCUUUUUUAUUUGAUUUUUCUGAGACAAAGUCAGGUGAAUUUGAGAAUAAUCACUGCUUUGCUUAGGGUAACAUCACACACCCAAGAGCACUUGGUAAAUAGUCAUGUAAAUACACUAUAUGAGUAAAGGAAAGGUGCCACGGUGAGCAUCUGCUAUGAGGUAUAAUAAAUCAAAGGUUUGGAGAAGUACUGUGUUAGCCAAUGUAAAAAUUUAUUUAUAAACCUUUAUUUUUC